CCUUAUCCUCGAACGCAUUUACGGACUGUAUGCAAGAUGGCCAUGGCUUUUGAAUCACCAGGUCAUCUGGAAAGACGGAUAGCUGCCAACAUGGCUGCUGACGUAUCAAGUGAUUCAUCUUUAGGCAUAAGUCGUAAAGGUCGUUCGAUCGCUUCACUUUCCAUGUCAACUACAUUUGAAGAUGAAAAUCAAUCGUAUAUGGCAGAUUAUGUUCGAACAAACAUGCAAACUCCAAACGUACGCGUUCAAGAACAAAUCAGAAAAUCAAGGACACCCAGAUCGACCAGAAAACUUGCAGAGAUUAUCAAUUCUUCCUCCACUUCCUCCUCGACUUCCAAAUCCGAUGUGAAGUCAUCCACGUUAAAGGUAAUCCAGCGCACACCUGCCAGAAGUGAAGUAUCUUUUACCACAGAAUCAUCCACAAACGAUCUUUUGGUCUCCAAUCAAGCAGCAUUACGCCCUAAUUCCAGCUUUCCGGGAAUUGGAGCUGCUCAAACUAGCUUAUCUGCAAAUCUAAGAGUGGAUGGAAAGAAGUUACACAUGUAUUUGAAUAAAGUCAACGAAGGCUUACAACAAGAAAAUGUACAACUUACAGAGGAGAGAGAUUCGAUAAAGCUGGAAUUUGAACGUGCCUUACUCGACAAUGAACGCUUACGCAAACAGAUUGACUUGAGAAAUUCAACUCCAUCGACGACCCCUAUGGGUAGCCCCAACGUGGGUAGAAAUUCGGAAGAAAUGGAUGAGCUGCAACGAGAAGUGGAUUUAUUAAAACGAGAAGUGGCACAACAGGAAUCAAUAAUUGACCGUCUGAGCAACGAUCGCUCUGAGAAGAGCGCUGAUCAAAUGUCCCUGGUCGAGCGAGAGCAUCUACGUGAAAGGAUUUGUGAAUUGGAAUCAGACUUGCAACAGGAACGUGAUGCAAGACAGGAUGAUGAAGAUCACUAUAGCAUUGAAAUGAAAGCAGCUGUCGAUGAAUCAAAAAGGCUCAAGAAACAACUUGAAGAUGAACGCUCAACCGCUCAAACAAAGAUGGAUCGCAUCCGUACGGAACUCGAACGAGUAAAAAAGGAUGAAUCUGGUCCGGACAACGAAGUAGCUGAUCUACGAGAAGAUCUUCGAAUGGCAGAAGCAAGAUUGGAUGAAUAUAGCGAAAAGAUCCGUGAACUGGAAAGUGAGAUUGAAGAAUUGCAAGAAUCGCGAAAUGAUAUGGAAGCCGAAUUGGAGGAAUACGAUCGAUUACGUGAGGAGUAUGAUUUGCUCGUCAAAGACUUUAAUGAUCGUGAAGCCGAAUCGGAAACGAAACAAGAAGAGUUGAACGCAGCCAAUGAUAAGAUUUCCGAUUUGGAGAUCAUUGUGAGCGAGAAAGAGAAUGACAGAUUGACUCUGGAACUCAAAUUAUCUCAAGCGAAAGAAUCGGGUGAAUUGCAGCAGUUGAAGGAAAAGAUUGUUUUGUUGGAAACAACUCUCGCAAUGACCAGAGAAGCAGCAGCAGCAACGAAAGGGUCACCGUCAUUCUCCAAGUUCGGCAAAGGUGGAGUUUCUGAAGGUGACAUUACGCCCUUACAUCCAAACGUAGCAGCUUUACGCAAGCCUGUCGAUACGCCUAAAUCACCUCCUGUCUUGGCAGAAUUGAGUAAUGCAUCUUGGAUGCAGAGUGAGGCAACUUUAGGCGAGAAUGAUCUCAAAAGAGAGAUCAGUGUUUUGCGACACGAGCAUGAAGCAGCUCGUAAUGCAGUUGAUGAAAUGCUUGGAAAUUUACAGGAUGCAAAUGUGUUCAAAGAUUUGGUAAAGGCGAACGAGAAAGUGAAAGCUUUGGAAGAUCAACUUCUUCAAAUGCAGAAAAGCGAGGAGCGUGUCAUGAGAAGAUUGGAAAAACUUCGAUGCAAAUCUUGCAAGGCACAUGUAUCAUUGCCGGCAGACUUGGACAAAAGUCAAAAUAUGUCAAUGAACAGCAGCGUAGGUGAAACAUCUUCUCUUGGACGUAGCGUUCGUUUGACAUAUCAACAAAACGAACAAGUUGUCGAAAAAGUCAAUCAAGAGCUCAAAGUGUUGAAAGAACGUUGGGCUUUGGAUAUCAACCGUAUCGAUGAAAAAUCCAAAGCAUUAGACGCUGAAAAGAAAGAAUUACUCAAAGAAAAAGAACAAUGGAACAAAAAUCGACAAGAAACCAAAGAACGUGUGAUGAAGAUGCACGCCAAUACGCUACAUGAUUUGGGCAGGGCAAGAAGGAUGAUUGGCGCUUUCGGUGCAGAUCUUCAACAAGAAAGCGCACGAUUCAAAGCACUCAAGUUGAACCGAAGCGAAAUGGAUCAAGAAUCAUCUGACGUCGAACGUGAACUUGAACGAACGCGAGUACAAAUUGAGUCAAUCAACACCGAAUUGAAGAAUAAAUUUGCGGUAUUUGAGAGGCUCAAUGAAGAAUUGCGAGAGACUUCAAUCGUUGAUGAUUCUCUUGCAAUGCAUGUUCAUUCUCUACAGGUCAAGGUGGAUGGGUUUGCACAAGUGGUGGAAAGAUUGCGAUCCGAACGAACAUCUAUCUUGCAAGAGCGUCAAGAGCUGUACAACCGCAGACAGCAAAAUCAACAAAAGCAAUUGAGUACGCACGAAGAGUUACGCACUACACAAGAAGCCUUACUAGCACAUCAACGUCAAAUUGAUGAGCAAGUUGAAACGAUCGAGCGAUUGCAUAGUGAAUUACGCAAACAAAACGGAUCGUCGGAAAAAGUACAAAAUGAAAGAGAUCAAGUGUACGAGCAAAGACGUGAAAUUUUGGAUGAUGUUGCUGGAUUGGAAACCAUGUUGAAAAAGGUAUGCGAACAAAGUCGACAAUUCGGCAUUGAAUUGGAAGAUUUGCGUGGAAGACGUAAUCAAACUGCUAAGCAAUCUACGCAGGCUAUUGAUCGACAAGUUCAUGAAGAAUUGGAAGCCACUCGCAAUCGAUACGAGAAAAGAUUGACGCGCUUAUCGGAAGAAUAUGGCACUCUUCAACAUGCAGCUACUUCUCGACACCAAUCAGAAUGCCGAGGAUUGCUGUUGCAAAUACGAUAUGAAAAGGCAAAGUUUAUGCGAGAAAGCGAUUUACGUGCAGAUUUGAUCCAUCAAAAGAAGUAUUUGCUAGGAUUAGUUGGCGGUUUAGAGUUGAGUGAAGAAGCAACAGUACGAUUUUUGGCCGAUUUAGAAAAAAGUCGUGGAGAAAUUCAAUCACGGUUAAAAAAGCAAGAGAAUCGUUCAACAAACAAUCAACAAUCCGAAGCACUCAAAAAAUUUAAAUCUGUUACUUUUGCAAUUUUGGCAAUUUGUCGAGCAAAAAAGAUGGCGGAAAAUUGGCAAAUUUCUUUGCAAAUCAAAUCUUCUUUACGUCAAGCUCAUUCUAUGGCUAAAAAAGCUCGUCUUAGUGCAGAAUCAGAAAUGCCCGCAUCGGCCAACGUCAAAACUGUCAAAGGAUAAUCUAUUUCGACUCUUACAAACACCUCUUAUAUAUCAUCAAAUACGUUUCAUAUUUUCUAUUUACCCCAUCAUUAUUGUAUUUUAUUCACGCAUCACUUUUCUAUUGAAUUAUUCAAGGACUUUUCUCAUUCUGGACGUUGCUAAUCGGUUGAAGUGUAUUUGCAUAUGCACAAGAGUACAUGAGAGAGAGGCCAAAGAGCAGUUGAUGGUAAAUUGAAAUCUUUUCUAAUCAAAGG